CUCCCGGACAUCAUGUCGAAGAAAUCAUAAAACCGGAGGAUCGCGUGAGGCGACCGAACCGAACGGGAGACCUGAGAAUGCAAAUACAUCGACGGAGUUUAUGCAUGACAAAUGCUGCGUUGAGAGGAUGAGACACAAUAUCCUGGCGGCUGCAGGGCUGACACUAUAAUAGAGUCGUGAAUGGACUGUGUAUGGACUGUCAUGCCAUGUUCGCCGCCCGGUUUGAAUUGCACGCUGCCUGCAGACGCGACCGGCUCCGACUCCUUCGAAGCUGGGUCCUUCCGCACUUGUGAUAUGUCUCUUAUAGCGGGCGGGAUAUAUACCUCCGGGCCGCAUCCCAUGCCCAUUGUCGUUACAAGAAGGGGGGGAAUAUCAAACUCCCCGGGCAGCCUGAGGGGAUACCAGUUCGCAACAAACGCGCAGACGCUUCGUCUCAACGGACCCGACGGACUUCAUGCUUCACUGAACCUAAACAUCGUGCGCCUCCGGGUUGACGGAUGUAGAUGCGCGAGAACCAAACGGACGCCAGCGCAUAAGCCCGGUCAUUUGGAGAAGGCACCGAAACAUCCGUGGAACGUAGGGGUAGGCCUACAUGUUGGAGCAUCUGGGGUGGUGGUGGCGGAUUGGUCAAGCGAUCAACGUUUGACGAAAGGUAUGUAUUGUCGUAACGUCGAAGAGUAUUACGCCUUGUUGCAGAUGUUGUUUUGUUGCGUUACGAGUAUUAUACUCUGUGGGAACAAUAAUCAUGAACAAACCAAACCAUGGCGGAGAUCUGCUUGGCCCUUCCAGUGGGCCACAGGAUUCGCGACUGGGUGGAUGCCAUCGUGUGGAACGAAGUGGUAAGCAUUGAUACCGUGCUUCUUCGACGUAUCAACCCGCCAGGAAAAAUCGCAUGCCAUUUCCAUGUAUUCGAGGUUCCUUGCUUCACCAUUCCCUUCUUCUUUCCUACACGUCAAUGGUGACUCCGUCCUUCCGCCUGAUGUUCUUCGCAUGUAUGACAAUGCCCAUCUCGUACGCUCUCCUAGUGACUUGACCAUAUGGGAUAACGGCCACUCGAGGGAGGGACUCCGUGACCUGCGCGAGCGAAGGCACGCGAUGAUAACGGAUUGUGCGGAGAUAUGUGAAAGAUCGGUGGCUAGGGUGCAGUUUAGCGGGUUUUGCCCCCGUAGCCC